UAGCGCGUAGUCGCCGUCCGUACUCGCCUUGCCGUGCUGUGUCGCUCGUUACGCGGACUGUGUUUCUGUCUGGCAUUUGUUUGGCGAGCCGUCUGAUAAGAACACGGCCAACGGUCCCGCUCGCUUCUCUACUUGAGCUGCCAAAGCGCUGCGGAACUGGAAAACGGGCCUACAUCAACCGCCUGUUGUCAGCGUGAUGCAGGCAGCAGAAGAGAAAGCCCCUCCCGAGGACAAGCAAGAGGACGGCAACUCUGCUGAGGAGAGCAGUGACGACGAGGAGCCAAAGCUGGGCCUGCUGGACCAGCCCCUGGAGUUGUCUGGGUCUCGGCAGCGCAAGAAGGUCGAGCGGCUGGAUGUCAGCUUCCGCACGGCGAGCCGUGAGCGGCCUCCGCCCGAGCAAGGCAAGGGCACUGCCCUGGGUGAUUGCCCCCGCAUCGAGCACAACAUCAGUCGUGAGCGCUCGGAGGGCCUCAAGGGACUACACCGGCUGCUCUUUGGCCGCCCGGGAGCUCCGUCGGAGAUCAAGAAGAACUUGCGCAAGUUCAACGGGUUUCCGUUCGAGAAGGACUCCGCAGAGUAUCUGAAGAGACAGAAGAUGGUGGCGAAGCUCAAAAAGGCUGCUCAGAAGGACCUGCUGGGCAUGCUUGACCUGGAGAAGAGUGGCACGGUCGAGGAGUGCACCGAUCGCAUCCUCAGCUUCCUGCUCAAGCCGUUUGACAACAAGAAGCCUCUUCCGGGUGCCAAGAAAGCAAAGAGAAAAUCCACAACGCCUGGCUCUGCUGGCAAAGGCACGUCCAAAAAGCGAAAGACUGCAACUUCCAAGCAGGAGAUAAAGGGAAAGACAUCUCGAAAACGGCUCGCUGAUGACGAUGAAUCUGAGGUUGAGUCCGAGGAUUCUGUGCAAAGUGAAGGGGCCGAGGAGGAGGAGGAGGAAGAAGAGGAGAAGCCUGUUGCCAAGAAGAAGGCGGCGGCCCAGAAGAGCACCACUCCAGCCAAGCGGAGGAAAAUAGCGAAGAAGAAGGGAGAGUCUGACGAAGACGAGUCCGACAAGAAGGAUGAAUCGGACAACUCGGACGAGAAGAAUGACAGUCGCGAGGAAGACAAGUCCAACGACAAGGACGAGUCAGAAGAGAAAGAGGACUCCCUAAAGAAGAACACCAAUGACAAGCACGAUGAAUCGGAGGAAGAGCUCGAAAAGAAAGUUGAAACCCCAAAGAAGGUAGAGACCAACAAGAAGGCUGAGAAAAAGGUCGAGUCAGCCAAGAAGGCCGAGCCCGCAAAGAAGGCUGAGCCCAUAAAGAAGGCCGAAACUGCAAAAAAGGCCGAGCCUGCAAAGAAAGCUACUCCUGCCAAGAAGGGUCGCAAGAAGCAAGAGUCUGAAGACGAGGACGAAGCAGAUGAGAAGCCUGCCACGGAUGGAAAAGCGUCUGCCAAGGUUAGCGACUGCACAGAGCCCACGGAAGAAGACAUCAAGGAGCUGAUCCGGAGCAUCCUGGAUGGGGCAGACUUGGAGGAGAUCACCAUGAAGAAAGUCAUUCACGAGGUCUUCGACAAAUACCCCAACCAUGAUCUGUCUGGCAAGAAGGAGUAUAUCAAGUCAACAGUACGAUCGCUCAUCUCGUGAUUGGGUUAUGCUUGAAGUCCCUUCAACAGUGCUGAGCAAGGGAUGGCCCCAACAGGAGUCUUUUUUUAUCCUUUUUACCUAGACUGACGCUGCUGCCUUGACAGCGGCACACAUAUGUUGACAGGCUGGUUGGGUUCUGUUGGCUGUGUGCGAAGAGCAAUUUUACUAGUGGCAGACCGAAUGUUUCUACGAAGAACAAAAUGAAUUCUCUUCCUUCCCACCUUUGCAACCCAGCAUGAUAGGGUGAAAGUUGAGCACCGACUAGUUUUAGUCGUGGUCAUUUCAUUUCUGUUAUGAUGGGGUGAAAGUUGACCAUCGACUAGUUUUAGUCGUGGUCAUUUCAUUUCAGUUAUGUUGUGCACUCAUGCUGUUUUUUCGUUCAAACUUCUCUGGCUAAAAGUUAACUGCGCGUUUUUUUGUUGUCACCCAAGCUAGAUCUUGACUUGAAAAGCUUCCAAGUCUAAGUGUGCACAAGCCUAGUAUCCGUACUCUGGUGUUCACAUUAUUUUAUCCAGUGCAUUGUAUAUAAGCCAUUCACUCAUUGUUGGUCUGCUGCAGUUUUAGAAGUAUAGCCUUUUGAAGGGAUGGCACAAUGGCAUUGCUCAGCCACAAUGACAUUGCUCGGGGGCAAAAAAAAAUAUUUUAGUGCAUUGUGUAAUAGUUUUAGCAGCCACAAAGCCUUGUUAAAAUGCCUGCACUCGUAUCACUUUUGCGAGCGGAAAUAAAGUGUUUUUCAUUUUGCACA